AUGACAAUGGAAUGCUACACUGUGACGUUUGUGGAAUUAUCACUAUUUACAAGUUAUCUAGUACCCGAUGAGGAAAAGAAAUGCGAAAAGUUUGAACGGGGCUUGCAAUCGAGAGUUCGAAGUCGCCUGAUACCCCUGAGGAUCCUUAAUUUCACCGACUUGGUCACACGAGCCACCUUGAUUGAAGAAGACAUGAGGGCGAAUGCGGAACUAUUCAAUCAAAGUAAACGCCAACAACCUCUACUUGAGCCCAAUAGAAACAAAAAGCCUGCCCCCAACUACCGAUCACAGUCACCUCAGAGUAUUCCAAUGAAUCCGGUUUGCCAGAAUUGUGGAAAGAGGCAUCAAGGAAGCUGUUUAGUGGGCCAGAAUGUUUGCUUCAAAUGUGGGCAACCAAACCAUAUGGCUCGAGACUACCCAAGGAAUGCGCCACCUCUAGCUACAAAGAGUGGUCAAAGGCCUACCGCACAAGCUAGAGUCUUUGCCCUUACCCCAGGAGACGCUGAGACAUCUAACGAGCUGGUUACAGGUACCCUUCUAUUAUUUUAUCGUCAUGCUACCGCUUUAUAUGAUUCGGGUGCCACACACUCUUUUAUAGCACGUGCCUAUGCUUGUUUGAAUGAAAGAGUACCAGAGUAUCUUGAUUGUUCAUUAUCUGUUGCAACACCUACCGGUGAACAUAUAAUUUGUGAUACCAUACUUAGGAAUUGUCCCAUUGAAAUUAGUGGGAGACACCUCCCAGUAGACCUGGUGAUAUUUGAGAUGUUGGGAUUCGAUAUAAUCUUUGGGAUAGAUUGGUUGUCUCGAAACCAUGCAUGCGUUGACUGUUUAAAAAAAAAAGUGGUAUUGAAACCCUCGGGCAAGGAGGAAUUUAGUUUUUGCACAAAGAGAGGAAAUGCCCCACCCCAAUUGAUCUCGGCCUUACAAGCGACCAGAUUACUAAGACAAGGAUGUUCGGGAUUCCUAGAUAGUCUAGUAGCACCACCUGUAGAGGGACCUAAACUUGAAGAUAUCCCCAUUGUCAGGGAAUUUCUGGAUGUGUUUCCAGAGGAUCUUCUAGGGUUGCCUCCAGAUCGAGAGGUUGACUUUUCAAUCGACAUCCUACCAGGAACAACACCUAUAUCAAAGGCAACAUACCGUAUGGCUCUAGUAGAGCUAAAGCAGCUUAAGGAGAAAUUGCAGGAGUUGUUGGAUAAGGGUUAUAUUCACCCUAGUGUAUCACCAUUGGGCGCACCAGUCCUGUCUGUGAAAAAGAAGGAUGGUUCUAUGCGACAUUGUUACCACCAACUUAAGAUCAAGCCGGAAGAUAUUUUGAAGUCGACAUUUAGAACACGAUACAGACACUAUGAUUUUUUAGUCAUGCCAUUCGGUUUGACGAAUGCUCUAGCAACUUUCAUGGACAUGAUGAACAGAGUGUUCAGGGAGUAUGUUGAUCAGUUUGUUGUUGUUUUUAUCGACGAUAUUCUCAUAUACUCCAAAAGCCAAGCAGAUCAUGAGGGACACUUGAGGGUUGUGUUGCAGAUAUUAAGAAAUUAG